AUCGACAUUUGAAGACGCACAAAUUGCUGAGGAUGCAGAUCUUCGUCAAGACCCUCACGGGCAAGACUAUCACCCUUGAGGUGGAGUCAUCCGACACCAUCGACAAUGUCAAGUCCAAGAUCCAGGACAAGGAGGGCAUCCCACCGGACCAGCAACGCUUGAUCUUCGCCGGCAAGCAGCUCGAGGAUGGCCGCACCCUGAGCGACUACAACAUCCAGAAGGAGUCGACUCUGCACUUGGUGUUGCGUCUGCGUGGUGGUAUGGCCAAGAAGCGCAAGAAGAAGGUCUACACUACACCCAAGAAGAUCAAGCACAAGCGCAAGAAGACCAAGUUGGCUGUGCUUAAGUACUACAAGGUGGAUGGUGACGGCAAGAUCGAGCGUCUGAGGAGAGAGUGCCCAGCAGAGACUUGCGGUGCCGGUAUCUUCAUGGCUGCCAUGCACAACCGCCAGUACUGCGGUCGCUGCCACCUGACCUACGUUUUCGACGACCCAAAAUAGACUGAAGGAAAUGGAUUUGUGCCGAGCGUUUAGCGGUUCCCACGACAGGAAGGUGCCCUAGAUCAUUGGGCGGCUCCGCGCUGCUGGAGUCACAUCAAGGUAGCUGUCACAAUACAAACAGUCUGUCGAAAUCAUGUUUGCUCCUAGAUUACCAAAGGCGUCGCUACUCAGCCGUCAUGGCGUGCAGCCAUCAAGUCUUCGCAACAGCAGAACUCCUCGAAGCAAUCCUCCUUCACCUACCAAUCCGCGACGCCAUCCUAGCCCAACGCCUCUGCACUGCGUGGCGCAACGCCAUCACCUCCUCGGCCAAACUACAACGCGCUCUUUUCCUCCGCCCAGCACGAGAAAACUCAUCCACCACAAACCGUCCUAUCACAGAUACAGUCCACCACAUGUCGCUAUCCAAUACCUGCCACCAAGUCCUCACCACAUCCGGCACAAGAGUAAUAUUCACCUCGUUCUUGCCAAUCGAACAGGAGGCUACUACUCCUCUUAUGAAUUCUUACAAACUCACCUCUGGUGAUUUUCUUCUUCCACUGCCGCAGGACAAGGCGGGGACUUUGCAAAAAAAGGAAAAGGAGAAGAAGAAAAUGUUCCUCUCCCAACCCCCUCGCGAAACUGAACUGUUUUUCUUCAAUUCUACUACUCCUGUUACAACAACAACAUCAACAAACGAGCAUGGAUCCAUCAUCACUCUACCACUACUAUUACCACCAGCUUCAUCAAACCAGCAGAUGAUGAUGAAAUUCUUUCCAGUUUUCACCUUUUCAACUUCUUCUUCCUCUUCUUCUUCUUCUUCUUCUUCUUCUUCUUCUUCUUCUUCUUCUUCUUCUUCUUCUUCUUCUUCUUCUUCUUCUUCCGCAAGCGAAGAAGAAGAAGGAAGCGAAGGAGAAGAAAAACAAGGACCAGAAGCAACCAUCUCCUCCGGCAAACAAUUCAAUCUAGAUGCAAUUCGACUCGAGCAAGUCGGUGGAGUGACGACGGAGACUUUUCUCGCAGGCUUAAAAUACGGAGAGGAGAUUUUUUCCCAGGCGAAAUUAAAGGGGAGGGAGUUUCGAGUGGGGUGGUGUUCUGGUGGUGAUUAUGAUCAUGAUGAUGAUGAUGAUGAUGAUGAUGAUGGGAAAGGAGGAGGAGCAGGGGUUGCGAGGACGGUGUGGAGUUUUUGGAGAGAUAUUAAAGAGGUGCAGGUGGAGAAGUUGGAGGGUUUGAGGGGGGAGGGAGAGGGAGAGGGGGAGGGAGAGGGAGAGGAGAGUGAUGAUGAUGGAGUGGACGACGAUGAGAAGCAGAUGUUGGGGGAUGAUGUUGAUGGAGGUGAAAGAAAAUGA